AUGGGAAACAAUCAGUCAAGCGCGAUAGUUUCAAGAACCGGAGGCGCACUCGACACAUUUGUCUCGGAAUUGGGUCCAGAUAUUAUAUAUGACAAGAGCUUAGGGUCCUCGCGUUUCCUGAAGACCGUACGCUGUCGCCACAGAAAUGGCUUCCUCGUGGCAAAGAUAUAUGUCAAGCCCGACAACAAUCAGUUAGAUGAGAAAUACAUGCGCCGUCUGAAAAAGGAAAAGAAGGCGCUGCAGGACGUGCAGAACGUGUAUACAUAUCAGAUCUUCACCGAAUCGGACAAGGCAGGAUAUCUCGUCCGUCAGUGGGUUGCGAGUAACUUGUACGAUCGGAUCAGUACUCGUCCAUUUCUUACAACUAUUGAAAAGAAGUGGAUCGCUUUUCAAAUACUGACUGGUCUGCGGGACGCUCGCAAGAAGAAAGUCUCACACGGAGAUGUGAAGUCAGAGAACAUUCUUGUCACGUCCUGGAACUGGGUUUACAUUACCGACUUCUCAUCGUUCAAACCCACAUAUCUGCCGCUCGAUAAUCCCUCUGACUUCGCUUACUUCUAUGAUACUUCCGGCCGGCGGAACUGCUACAUUGCCCCUGAGCGUUUCUACACAACCGAGAAAAUGCCGGAUGCCCUGAAACGCAGUCAAGCCAUCGAUGACUCUACUUCGACUAGGGUUGAGAGUAGCAAGAAGGAGGGAAAGGUGACCGAAUCCAUGGAUGUGUUUAGUGCAGGCUGUGUUCUGGCAGAGCUUUUCCUCGAGGGGACGCCUCUAUUCACCCUGAGCCAACUCUUCAAAUAUCGUCAAGGUGACUUUGACUUUGACCAGCAUUUAUCUCCAAUUGAGGAGGAUACAAUCAAGGACCUCAUCAAGCGUAUGGUUGCAAUCGACCCUACUAUCCGACCAACAUUUGAUUCACUUUUGCAUACUUCCCGCGGAAACAUAUUCCCAGAGUGCUUCUACACCGUUAUCCAUGACUUCAUAUCAACAGUCGAUGAUAUUUCCGCUUCUACUCCUUUUUUCUGUACUUCAAAUACCUCAGGCGGAGGCGUGACUCCGGGACAGAGUUUGCAGGCCCGGCCGACCCUGUCUACCAUGUCUGAUGAAAAAACAUCGAUCGGGGAAGAAUCACGCGAUGAGCUGAAUCCUCUACCGAACGACUCGGAUCGAAGGAUUAUGCGAAUUUGGGCAGAAUUCGAUGUUGUCGAGCCGUGCUUCCCUCCGAGUGAUGACAUGCAAACUACCGCCGUCAAGGUUGAUUAUGCGGUCCAAUACUCUUCUUUCAAGCCCAUACAGAGCAUCUUGCCUGUCGUGACUUGCAUGUCGGACCAGCAUACUCGCUCCCUACCUAUAUCAAGUUCUCCAACCAACGAUGGCCCAGCAUUAAUCAUUUUAUCUCUUAUCUGUGCAAAUCUGCGAAACUGUCGCUUGCCUAGCUCAAAGUUGCGGGCUCUAGACAUGCUCCUAGUUAUCUCGACCUACCUUACGGAUGAAGCAAAACUGGAUCGACUUCUGCCUUACGUUGUGGACCUUGGCCAUGACGAGGCUCCUAUAGUUAGAAUGGCAGCUCUAAGGACGUCUUUGCAGAUUCUCGCAAUUGUUAAAGCCAUUUCACCUUUCAAUGCCGACAUAUUCCCUCAAUAUAUCCUGCCCUACCUGCGCUACAUGACAACCGAUAUAGAGUUGUCUGUAAGGAGUGUCUCCGCCCAGGGAAUAGUCCCGUUUACCAGCCUGGCGGUCAAGUAUCUCGAGAUGGGGCAGACAAUGCGCGCCCAAGGACAUUUCAAGAGUUCGGAAGGAGGCCAGCAUUUUGGGGAGUCGCAAUUUGAGAUAUCUUACGAUGCUCGAUUGGAAGAACUCCAGGAUCUUAUAGAGAACCAGUUGUCCCUUCUGCUUGUUGACCAGAGCAAUGUGGUCAAGCGGUCCGUACUCUUAGAUAUAGCACCACUAUGCAUCUUUUUCGGACGCCAAAAGACAAACGAUGUGCUCCUAAGCCACAUGAUUACCUACCUCAACGACCGGGACUGGCUACUGAGAUAUGCGUUCUUCGACAGUAUCGUUGAUGUCGCGGCGUGCUUGGGCGGUCGUAAUCUCGAGGAAUACAUUUUUCCGUUGAUGACGCAGGCACUUUCAGUCUUAUCCACGCUGACAACUCUGAGUGAACUUGGACUCUUCCAUAAAAUGCGUCUGUGGGAACUCAUGAGCUCUACGCUACCACUCAUGUAUCACCCGAACAGCUGGAUACGACAAGGUGGCAUAGGAGCAUCUUUGUUCAUUGCAUCCGCCGCCAAGGCACUGCCAACUACGGACGUAUGGUGCAUCCUCUAUCCUUCCUUAAAGCACUUCUUACGGUCUGAAAUCCGUACUGUGGAUGUGCAAUCAAUUCUGAAAGCUCUAAAGUCUCCACUCCCGAGGCACAUAUACGACUUCGCAUUAGAUUGGGCGAUGAAGAUGGGGAAUUCUCAAUUCUGGAAGACACCUAGGAAGUCGUCGACAAAACUUGAUAAUCCAAAGGAAGCAGCUAUUGCUGCGGCUAGGAAAAGCGCUCGAGGUGCAAUACGGAUAACGCUCAAAUCCGAAGAGGAUGAAAUUCACUUGGGUAAACUGGAGCAGCUCGGCAUGUCUGCUUUGGAAGAAGCCAAGCUUGUGGCUCUUCGAGAUUAUAUAGCGAAGUCGGCCGACGCAGUCAAUAGCCUUCGAUCUCGACAGAGGACUGUAAUUGAAUCUGAAACGCUUCAAACCACUGGAACGGUCGAAUUGCAGAAGCUCGGGGUCGUACCGCAGACAGUAUUCCUAGGCUCUCGCGUAUCCCAGAGUGAAGCGACAUACCGUUUCUCCGUCUCCGACAGGUACAGCCUUUCUCGUGUAUCAAGCAAUGAUCCAGCCGGCGGAGGGGCUCCUUUCGAAGAUCUUCGCCGCCGCCUGGCAACGAUCAAUGGAUCCAAUACAUCACUCAACUCAGCAGGACGGGAACGGCCUAUGCCACUGCGGCUUCCAUCAGCGGUCCAAGAGCUUCCUCCUUCAGUUCCUAUGAGGCCGGGUAGCCCGACGGAAUCUGUAGUCUCGACUACGAACUCUGUCAGUAUUAGACCUCGGUUUAGUAUUGGCUCUGUGGAAGGUGUUAAGGCUGCACCUGCCGUCGGAUCUGUUCGAACGAACGCUAUGGGUCUUCUUGAAGCACCGGGUAGGACAAUGGUGGAAGUGGAGCGCGACCAGUCUGGUCUUACUUCUCCAACAUCGUUCGGAAACAUGGCACGCGGAUCCCGAAGUCCCGUCCCACUUAUUUCAGAAGAUGGUCAAGAUACAGCAGUUAAUACGUUCCUAGAACACGUCUACAGUGACAUGAAUAGGGAAGCACAAGUCGAUUUUGGUCCCCGCGUCCAUGAAGGUCCAGUAAGAAGGCGCAAUACUACUCGUCAAAGCUUCACCGCAAGGGAUUCCAACAGAAGAAAUGUUGAAGCAACACUCAUAGCCCACCUUAAUUCUCACAGUGAUGCUGUGAACGGCAUCGCAGUAUCACCAGACCAUCUUUUCUUCGUUUCGUGCUCAGACGAUAAGACUGUCAAAGUCUGGGAUACGGCUCGGUUGGAACGAAACGUCACCAGUAAACCAAGGCAUACGUAUGGACAACAUCACGCACGGGUGAAAUGUGUCUGUAUACUGGAAGGCCACCAUGCUUUUGCAAGCGCGGCUGAUGAUGGAAGUCUUCACGUCAUUCGUGUUCAUGUUCAUCAGGGUAGCUCGAUGCCGAAGUAUACCAAGCUGCAAGUAGUUCGCGAGUACAGAGUUGAGAGGCCAAGUGAAUACAUACAGUGCAUGAUGCACUAUAAUUCCGAUUCCUUGUCAAACCUGAUCUUCGCGACGAACCGCUCCUCCAUCGUACUGAUGGACCUUAGUACAAUGCGAACAUUAUUAACAAUGGAGAACCCUCGACAUCACGGACCUAUCGUCUCUUUCUGUCUUGAUAGAAAACGCACAUGGCUAGUGGCAGCUGCUCUUUCUGGGAUGCUUUCAUUGUGGGAUCUCCGGUUUGGUUUAUUGCUAAGGACGUGGUCCGUCGGUACAUCAAUAGGGAACGGUAGACCUGUGCGAAUACGACAAUGUGUACUUCAUCCAUCGAAAGGUCGAGGACGAUGGAUUAUGGUUGCACUUGACGGUGUAGAGGCGCUUCAAGACCAGCCAGGUACAGUCCUUAUUGAAGUCUGGGACGUCGAGAAGGCCGUGUUAGUCGAGUGGUUCAUCUCAGCCAACGCAUCUUCAGCAAACGCCGCAUCGGAACUAGCGCCGUCUCUCACCAAACCUGUAGAAGCUGUCAUUGCGGAAUCCAGUCCAGCCGCAGCGAUUGCCUCCCUUGUCAGAGCUCGGCAGAACGGUGAACCCUCACCAGCUAUGCCAUUCGGUGAUACUACAGGCCAACAAAUAGCCAACCAAGUAUCUAAUGAACCAUCGCGAACUGUAACAUCCAUGGUUGCCGGCGUAGAUUUCGGUGGAUACACAGGCUCGACUCGAUCAUUUGUUGAUUUAUCGAUGGACGUCGAGCGAACGGGGCGGAGCGGUUCGAAACUUGGGUUCCUUGUAGUUGGAAGUGAGGACUGUAGUGUGAAACUACUCGAUCUCGAACGGUUUGAUCGGUCUGUUGUGUUGAGCGAACGGGAUGAAGAUCAGGAUCGGAUGAGCUUCUCCUCCGUUUCGAAAGACGGCGUCACGCUAUACGUCGAGACCCCUUCCUCAAACAGUCCACCUCACGCAGGAGCCGGUCAACGCGCCUCACUCAUCAUGAGCCACCAAUCAAACCUCCUCCGCGCACACCAAGACUGUGUACGCGCAGUUGCUUGCUUAGACGCGCCGUUCCGAGGUGGGAUAUUAACUGGUGACCGAGCAGGUGUGAUUAAAGUGUGGCGUGUGGAGGGUGUGGCUGAGUCGGGUGGAACGUCAUAUGGUUAGUUAGUUUUGUAGUAGAUGUUAAUGUAAUGUGUUAGGAUAUUUUUAUGUCGACGAGUAGAUAUAGAUGUAUUACCAGC